CAGAAAUAGAGCAUUUCUUAGCUGUCCUACUUUUCAUGGGUGUUUUCAAUUUCCCGUCACUGGAGGACUACUGGCUCCAGAAAUCACGCUUCGAUCUGAUUGCUGACAUCAUGCCAAGGAGGAGAUUCCAGCUGUUACGGCGAUACAUUCAUUUCAAUGAUAAUCAGCAGUGCAGUGAGAGUCAGGACAGAUUUUACAAAAUCCGUCCCCUUUUUGAAAUGCUUCGUGAGCAGUGUCUCUUGAUACCAUCCACUCACAAGCACAGUGUUGAUGAGGUCAUGGUGGCAUAUAAAGGCACAAGAGCUGGUAACCUGCGCCAGUACAUCGCCAACAAGCCAGACAAGUGGGGCUUCAAAUUAUUCUGUCGAGCAAGUUCAUCCGGCAUCAUCCACGACCUCCUGCUGUAUCAAGGGGCAUCCACGUUCUUCAAUGUUGCUCUCAGUAAAGAGGAGCAGGCCCUGCCUCUGGGAGCAAAAGUGGUGACAACGCUCUGCAAAACCAUAAAAGAGCCCCAYAUGUCUGUUGUCUUUUGUGACAACUUCUUCACAAGUUUCAACUUGGUUCAGAACCUCCACACUGCCCUUGGUGUCAAGUGCAUCGGCACCGUACGACCAAACCGCACUGGUGGAGCUCCAUUGAUGACAGACAAAGACCUGAUGAAAAAGGGGCGUGGGGCCUGUGACUUUAUGGCUGCUGAAGGGGUUCUUGCAGUAAAGUGGUUUGAUAACAAAUGUGUCAACUUGCUCAGUAAUGCCUAUGGGAUCAAGCCCUUUUCAACAGUGAAACYCUGGAGCAAAGAGUCCCGCACAAAGAUCACCAUCCCGUGUCCAUCACUCAUCUCUGCCUACAAUGAGCAUAUGGGAGGAAUCGAUCUGUCUGACAUGCUAGUACACCUGUACAAGACCCCAGCCAGGUCAAGGAGAUGGUAUCUUCCUCUGUUUGGAUACAUCCUGGACCUCUGCAUUGCAAAUUCCUGGCUACUCUACAAAAGGGACAGUGGCCUCCUGAAUGAGAAACCCAUGUCUCUCAAACAGUUCCGCCUCGCAGUUGGCCACAGUUUGAACCAGUUCAAUAAGCCAGCAUCCAAAGUUGGCCGACCAUCUUCCAGCUCUCCACCACCAGAGCAGACAGGCUACAUCUCAAGACCAUCACGACCAAAACCACAAACAGAUGUGCGCUACGACAACAUGGGACACUGGCCUCUUCACUGUGAAAAACGAGGGAGAUGCAACCUGUGUCCAAAGGGAGUGUCCAGGUGGAAAUGUGAGAAAUGCAAUGUCUUCCUGUGUUUGAAUGCGAGCCAGGAAUGCUUCAAGUUGUAUCACCAGAGGUAAAGCGCAUCUAAUGCACAAAAUGAAGGCUGUUUUGCAAACACAUAUGAAAUGUUUUAAUGUUUGAUGUUUUUCUGUGUUUGCCAUGUUUUUUCAAAGUUUUAAUGAAAACAAGUAACACUAGUUCAAUCAAUCCUCCAGAUACAUGACAGUUGUGUCCCAAAAUACAUGCUGUUGCACAAAAACAGAAAAGGUGUGCUGAGAUAUAAAAGUAAUAAAUGUUUCUAUUCUGCAGUAUUUUCUUUUCUUUUUUGAAUGUAAAAAUUAUUUUUUUUGCACUGUUACCUAUAAUCAGAAGUGGAUUGAAUGUGAGAAUUUUGUGCUGUUGCACUUUAAUAAUCAGACAGUCAAGAUGGGAAAAUUAAAAAUUCUAUAUUUCCUUGUUCAACGCAAUGUUUUCUUUAGUUGAAAUUAAAACCAAUGUUUUGUCAUUGUGACAGAAAUAAACUAUCCAAUGCCCCAGACAUUUUUUAUUGCUUAUUUCUUUAUAAAUUAACAUUUUAUUUUAAUUUAUCUAUUGUACUUGGUAUUUUUAUUAUGUCAUGUACUUAAACCAUUAGGUGACAUCUCAACCGUUUGGUAGAGAUGAACUUUAACCAUAAAGGACAUCUCAACCGUUUGGUAGAGAUGAACUUUAACCAUAAAGGACAUCUCAACCGUUUGGUAGAGAUCAAUAUUUCCAAAACCACAGGGUCUGUUGAAAAAAAAAAUUGAUUGUGUUUAUAGAUCACCCUGGGGUAAAAGAAAUGCUAAGAAAAAAAUUUUCACAGGUUUUUUUCUAGGUGCGGUAGCUAAAGGGUUAA